GGUAAGGAAGAAGGCACCAGAAACCUCCUCUAAUUCCUCCCAGUGAUCCCUCUUGCGUAAAAUAAAUAGCUUCACCCUCCUCCUCCUUCCUGAUUCGACGUCCAUGAAAAAAUUUUCCUCCCUGAUCAAAGAAAAAUUCCUAGGAUCACGGAUUCAUCGGCUAAAUUUCUCCCUUGCUCUCUGUGUUUGGUCGUUAAUUCGCAUUUAACUGCAACUCUGCAAUGGCUGACGUUCUGAUGGUAGAGACCGAGACCUUCGCUUUCCAGGCGGAGAUCAACCAGCUUCUGAGCCUCAUCGUCAACACCUUCUAUAGCAACAAGGAGAUUUUCCUUCGUGAGCUCAUCAGCAAUGCCUCUGAUGCAUUGGAUAAGAUUAGAUUUGAGAGCUUGAAGAACAAGAGUAAGCUUGAUGCUCAACCCGAGCUUUUCAUCAAGAUUAUUCCCGACAAAGCCAACAAGACCCUUUCAAUCAUCGAUAGUGGUAUCGGCAUGAACAAAGCAGGAAUUGUGAACAACUUGGGGACAAUUGCGAGAUCAGGAACCAAGGAGUUCAUGGAAGCGUUGCAGGCCGGGACCGACGUGAGUAUGAUUGGGCAGUUCGGUGUUGGGUUCUACUCGUCUUACCUUGUGGCUGAGAAGGUUAUUGUGACAACCAAGCACAAUGACUAUGAGCAGUACAUCUGGGAGUCUCAGGCUGGUGGGUCUUUCACUGUCACCACGGAUGUUAAUGGCAAGCCCUUGGGUAGAGGAACCAAGAUCACUCUCUUGCUCAAGGAAGACCAGUUGGAGUUCUUGGAGGAGAGGAAAUUGAAGGACCUUGUGAAGAAGCACUCUGAGUUUAUCAGCUACCCCAUCUACCUCUGGACGGAGAAGGCAGCCGAGAAAGAGGUCAGCGAUGAUGAAGAUGAGGAAACCAAGAAGGAAGAGGAUGGUGACGUUGAAGAGGUUGACGAAGAGAAAGAAAAGAAGUCUAAGAAAAAGGUCAAGGAGGUAAGAAACGAGUGGCAACUCAUCAAUAAGCAGAAACCAAUUUGGCUCCGAAAGCCUGAGGAAAUCACCAAAGAGGAAUAUGCAUCCUUCUACAAGAGCCUCACCAAUGACUGGGAGGAUCACCUUGCUGUGAACCACUUCUCUGUGGAAGGGCAGCUCGAGUUCAAGGCCAUCCUUUUCGUGCCGAGGAGAGCUCCAUUCGAUCUGUUUGACACGAGGAAGAAGCUGAACAACAUCAAGCUCUAUGUCCGGAGGGUGUUUAUAAUGGACAAUUGUGAGGAACUCAUUCCUGGGUAUCUCAGCUUUAUGAAGGGUGUGGUGGACUCCGAUGAUCUUCCACUCAACAUUUCUCGUGAAACGCUGCAACAGAACAAGAUUCUCAAAGUGAUCAAGAAAAACCUGGUGAAGAAGUGCAUUGAGAUGUUCAACGAGAUCGCUGAGAAUAAGGAGGACUAUGCCAAGUUUUACGACGCUUUCUCUAAGAAUAUGAAGUUGGGUAUCCACGAGGACAGCCAGAACAGGGCUAAGUUGGCUGAGUUGCUGAGAUACUACUCCACCAAAAGUGGUGAUGAAAUGACCUGCUUAAAGGACUAUGUGACGAGGAUGAAGGAGGGGCAGAAAGAGAUCUAUUACUUAACGGGUGAGAGCAAGACAGCUGUGGUGAAUUCACUCUUCCUAGAGAGGCUGAAGAAGAAGGGUUAUGAGGUCAUCUUCAUGGUUGACGCCAUUGAUGAGUACGCUGUUGGGCAAUUGAAAGAGUACGAAGGGAAGAAGCUUGUCUCCGUCACAAAGGAAGGACUCAAGCUGGAGGAUGACUCGGAGGAAGAAAAGAAGAAAAGGGAGGAAAAGAAGUCUUCAUUUGAGAAUCUGUGCAAGAUAAUCAAAGACAUUCUUCGGGAAAAGGUGGAGAAAGUGGUGGUGUCUGACAGGAUUGUUGAUUCACCCUGCUGCUUGGUCACUGGGGAAUAUGGAUGGACGGCUAACAUGGAGAGGAUUAUGAGAGCACAGGCUCUGAGAGACAACAGUAUGAGUUCAUACAUGUCUAGCAAGAAGACAAUGGAGAUUAACCCAGAUAAUGGCAUUAUGAAGGAGUUGAGGAAAAGGGCGGAAGUUGAUAAGAAUGAUGAAACGGUAAGGGAUUUGGUGCUGCUGCUCUACGACACAGCGCUUUUGACUUCCGGGUUCAGUCUCGAUGACCCCAACACAUUCGCUGCAAGAAUUCACACGAUGCUGAAGCUGGGUUUGAGAAUUGAUGCGGACGAGACCAGUGGAGAUGAUGCUGAUGUGCCAUCUUUGGAGGAGGACGGCAACGAGGAGAGCAAGAUGGAGGAUGUUGAUUGAGGAGAGAUGCAGAGUUUUAAAUAUCGAGACGCUUAAACUAAAUAUUUACAUAUCAGUACCGUUUUGAUAUAGUCUAUAUCAAUAAAAUUAAUUAUAUAUAUUAUAUUUUAAAA